AUGGCGUUCCCCCGACGAUCUACCGGUACCGCUGCUGCCUCCACCACCGGCACUGCAGUACAUGUCGAGAAAGAAGAUGAAGCAUCGAAUACCAUCUGCACUACCAAUACAUCAUCCAUGAUGGCGGCCAUGAGCAUUCCCUCCAAGAUUGACUACGCCAACAUGCCGUCCGUGUCUUCUAUUCCCUUGUGGGAAUUGAACUGUCAGUUUGACAUGGUCACACGACGAAGUACGGGACUACUCGCGGAUGCCGUCGCCCAGCAACGACGAUCGCAACGCGGCAAUGUGACCAUUCUCUUUGCCGUGCGUCAACCUGGGUGA